AUGGUGAUGCUGCUGGCGAAUCUGACUCAGCUGGACGAAGGAGCGGAGAAACUUCUCGAGCCCAGUGGGACCGUCCCGCUCCUCGCCUCCCUUGUAAGGCAGUUCGCUACUAGUGCUGACAGGGAGGAGGGGCAGGAGGACGACUACGAGCACGUGGCCACCAUUCUAGUCAACGCCACUCGCCUGGAAGCUGCCAGGAAGCUGCUCUUGGACCCUGAGAAGAAGCUUCUACGGCAGAUUCUGCCGCAGACGUCAUCUCCAAACCGCAUCCGCAGUCAAGGGGCCAUGGCAACGGUCAGAAACUGCUGUUUCGACGCUAGCUCUGGGGCCCUGCCCUCGUUGCUACUCCUUGCUGACCUGCUCUGGCCGUCGCUGCUUCUUCCAUUGGCCGGGACAAGAGUAUACAGCAAGGAGGACAGGGACCAAAUGCCGCCAGAGCUUGCAGUGCCACUAUCCAUGGAGCGACCCCCUGUGACAGACGCCAAGCUACGGGCCGAUGCUGCUGAUGCGCUCUUCCUCAUUGCCUCUGAGGAGGCGGGCAGAAAAGCUCUGUGGGCUGUGCACGGAGCAAGAAUACUCCAGGUGGGGUACGAGGAUGAGGAGGAUCCAACGGUCAUGGAAGCAAUGGAGAGGGUUGGGUCGCUGAUGGUUCAAAAUAGUUUAUCACCAGACAGUUCAUAA